AUGGCUUUCACAAAAAGUUUGCUUUUAUUUGCACUUGUCUCAAUAGUUCAAUGUUUUGAAUGCCCGAAUGGAAGCCAACCAAUGCCGAAUGAAGAUGUUUGUAUGUAUGCGAUCAAUCAAAAUGAAUUCUAUUACGAUGUGAUUCGACGAUGUGGCGCUCUCGGCGCGAUCCCGGCAAAAAUCCAAAAUCUCUACGAGAACUCGUAUCUUUUUGUCGCUUUGCAACAAGAAUUAAACAAUGCUGCACCGUUUAUUGGAGUCGAGCGAAAGCGUAACAAUGUUUGGACGUACGCCGAUGGGACACCGUUGAGCUAUCAGAAUUGGGCUCUCAAUGAACCAAACAACUCUUCAAACUCGUCCGUUUGUGCUAUCAUGGAUCCAUCAUCGGGCAAAUGGAUUUCAACUGAGUGCACAUAUGCUCGUCCAUUUGUCUGCUCAAUUGAUGGAGAUGCUGCCCAAUGUCCCACUGGUUGGGUCUACAACAAUCAAACGAACUUUUGCUAUUAUGUACAGGAUUUUACCUUUCAAGAUGGAGCUCACUGGUUCUACUACACUUUUACUGGAGCCGAGCAAAAUUGUCAGCGCAAAAAGGCGCAUUUGGUUUCGAUUCACACGCCUGAGGAGGACACCUUUGUUCGACAACUUGUCACUUCGGACAUUCGAAAUGCCACUGAUGCAAAUCCCUGUGCCAAUCAGUAUGCAUGGAUCGGGUUGACAGGCACUGGGGCACUUGGAGUCGGCACAUGGAUCGACGGAUCACCCGUCGACUACAGUGGACACGCGACUGUUGGAAAUUCCAAUUGGGGGAUUGGUAGUGACGCUGGCUGCAGUGUUAGCGGUUGGAAUCCGAUGGGAACUGGAGCUCGUUACGUUUGCAAAAUGGCAGCAAAGGGAAAAGCCACAGCAAAGCUUGAC